AUGGUGGAAGGGAGAUUCGUCGGAGCUGGCGCGGACAUGGGCAUGAUCAUCGGCGUAUGCACUGGCUAUCGGGAUCAGGAUUUCCCCUUCGAGACCAGGAAGAUCCAUUCUCUCUCUCUCUCUCUCUCUCUCGACUCGCCCCCCUGCUGUCUAUGUUGCGAUCUGCCGAGGGUUUUGGGGGGUGGGGGUGGGGGGGAGGUGGUGUCGAGGAUAAAUUAGGGCAGAUGACGAAUUAGUCAUCCAGCAGAGGAAAUACAUAAAAAACGCAGCUUGGGCGCUGGGAGUGGGAUUCUUGGGACUGCAAGAAUCAAUAAAAUAAAGAUCAGAAAGAUUCUGGCGUCCCCUUAUCGGGAUGAACUCUGCCUCAUCCUCAUUCUCUCUCUACGGCUCUUCCAGACGGCCCCGAGCCCCGCGGGCAGUAAAGAGAAGAGUCUUCUUCCUCCUCGGCCUUGUCCUCUUCAUUUCCCAGAAGCUCGCGCAGAGAGGAGAGCCUUCGAGUACGGGAUUACCCCGUCAUGCCGGAAGAGAGAGAAACCUGCCUCUCGACAGACUACUGAUAGAGAGAGAAGAUGGUUGCAAGGGGAAAAACUGAUGAUGGCCCACAUCGUUGACUCCGCGGCAUCGUCGGCCCAUCUACAGAGAGAGAGAGAGAGGGAGAGAGAAAGAGAGGGAGAUUGCGAGUCCAGUGUCUUGGGAGGGAGGUAGCAGCUGACCUAAGGACAGGCCUCUAAAUUACGCAUGAACCCUUGGGAAUUGAGGAACUUGUCAUCUUAUCCUCACCGCGCGACGGUCAACCAGGUGUCACACAGCGUCGAGCGGCCACGUCGCAAUUAUCAGAUGUUUAUCCGGAUUCACCGAGCUUGAUGUCACAAUAAUAAUAAUAGUAAUAAUCAGUGUCCGAAUGUUUGCCGACCUAUUUGACUUCGGGACCUCACCAAGGCAGAAGAUGAAUCGGUCUUCUUCAGUUGACCAUCCGUACGUGAAAGACAUAGAGAGAAAGCGUUGACCUGACAGGGGGGAGAGGAGAUGCUAAAGGCGGCGUCACGCCGGAGGAAGCGGCGGUGCUUUCGCCGACGCCGCUCGCAACGAUCCGACCCUCCUCGGCGAGACCAGCUGGCACAGAAUUCCCGGUCGCACCGGAUUUCCGGCGUUCACGAGAUGAUUCCUAGCGAGAGAAUUAUGGAAACUUGACGACGGAAGAGCCGUACGCUGAUGCGAGAGAAACAAAGAGAGAGAGAGAGAGAGAGAGAAAGCACAGUCCAGGUUCCCUCUUUCUCUCUCUCUAUCUCUAUCUCUAUAUGUUUCUCUGGACUAAAUCUGGAAAGGCAACGUUGUCAGCUCCCGAAAGCGCGCCGAACCGACUGCGAUAACCAGCUGCCCCUCACAUGGUGAAGAAAUCUGUGAGGGGACGUAGAGAGAGAGAGAGGGUGCAACGGGCAGAGCCGAUCUGAUUCCCGAGAGCUACGCCAUCCGUCACUUGCGCGGCUGACGUGGUUUUUAAGUGCAUGCAUGCAAUGCAGUUUUAAGUAAGAAUUAUCCCAAGACAAGACAUGAUUGAUUGUAAGGGGGCUCGUAUUAUAUGUUUGCGCUUGGGAACUCGGAAAAUGGUGGAAAAGAGAGGAAAAAGCGCGAUUCGGUUCAACGCGGGACGUCAUCUGCUUGAUUCCGCACGCCCUCCUGGCAGGCGGCGGCUUGUUCUGUCGCUCUCGUCGUGACGACACAGCUGCCAGCUCACUUCCCCACGCCUAAUAUCUUUAUUCCUCACCGACAAGACCUCUCUCUCUCAAUUUUCGGAGGAACAAUCAUUUUUAAAAGUAUAUAAAAAUUAAUUUUUCGGAAGUAUGGGUCAAACAAAAGCUCUAUAAUUCGGUAAAUAAAGAUAUUUUUGACGGCGAAGUGGGCACGUGAGAAAAUAAAUAUCAUGCUCCCCCUCCCCCCUCUCUCUCUCUCUCUCUCUCUCUCUCUCCGGAGAAGGUGGAACGGGUCCACUAAACGACAAAAGCGUCCUCAAGAAGCGACGGCCUGACCCAUCGCGUCUCGCUGCCAUUGUAGCCGCCGCGGCGAUGACGUCAUUGGUGCGGAACCCACCCACCUAGUGACACCCUGUUUGUCUGGGCCUGAUGGGCUCCAAUCAGGCCCAUCUUGCACUAGCAUAAAGCCCAUUACAUUGUCGACCCAGAGAGCUACUCCACCGGGUCAACGGUCAACACUCCAACCUGUACAGAGAUCAUCUACCUACACGUUUCUAGAGUUCGACCUUCUUCCUCUCCACCGCCGCUGCUGCUUUCUCCUCGCUGACGUGGACGGCGCAGGGGUGCUUGAUCUGCUGGGGGGGGAGCUUCGAGAGGGCGAUGGUCAGCACCCCGUUGUCCAGCGUGGCCCUCGCCAACGCCACGUCGGCGUUCUCCGGCAUCCGAAGCCGCCGCCAGAACUUGCCGUGUGCCCGUUCGGCACAGUGCCAUCCUCCUCCUUCCUUCCUCUCCGCCUCUCGCCUCCUCUCCCCGGCCACUUUCAGCACGCCGCCCUCCUCCUCCAGCUCCACCUUCAGCUCCUCUUUCUUAAAACCUGCGCCACCCAUAAAAAGGAAAUAAAUAAAAGUCGUCGACUUAUCUUCAGCUCCAGCUCUAUCUUCCGAUGUUAUCGGAGGGGGUGGGGUGGGGUCAACUCGCCGGGAACGUCGACCGUGACGAUGUGGGCAGCGGCAGUCUCCAUCCAGUCAACGCGGACGGCGUGGAAGACAGCGGCCAAGUCGUCGAGGUCGAGGUCCCAGGGGAGGUGCUCCGGCGCGGAGCUCCGCCGGUGGUCAAAGAAGGGACGCAGAGAACCCGCCGCCGGCGCCGCCGGCGCCAGCAACAGCAGGAAGAGGAAGAGGAAGAGGAAGAGAGGAAGGAAAACGGCGGCCGGAAUCUUCAUGUCGCCACCAGGAAGAUAGGGAGAAGAACUGUUGUGGACGAGCCGCUAUUGUGGGGGACGGGGUUAUUUUAUUAAGAAGUCCGAGGUGCGUGGCAUCGCGUUAUGCAGCCAGCUGGCAAGCAUCUCCUUGACGUGGAAGAAUUUUUAAACAAGAUAGGUGGAGGGUUCGAGAGAGGCCCACUAGGCCAGCCCGAGGAAUAUGUUCCAGUAAACCUGCCCAUUACUGACGAUAAUUGGGCCGAAAUGUGGGCCCCGCGUCUUUGAGUAGACGCUUGCUGACGGGGCCUUCCACGGGGAGACGUGUUGCCAGUGGACAAACGGGUUGCCGCGUCGGAUACUCCGCGGUACACGGAAAGCUGCCCAGAGGUCUAAGCGAAAGUAACAUGGCAUAGGGGAAUACUAGGGGAAUGACGUCACCCCGGAGAUCUUCCUGCGGGCCCCACCAAGCCAGAGAACUCAAAUGGUUCGCACGGGCGAUAGCACGUGCCAAGUAAGAUCGGGGCCCCACUAGACAGGCCAAAUGGGCCCGCUUACGGCCCGAAACGACACCCUCUGCCACGAUGACCUUGUAAAGUUUACCGACUUAUACACUUCCCACAAAAUAUUAUGACUAUGCCCUCCAAAAUAUUAAGAAUACACCCGAUUCUCAAGGAUAAAUUAGGAAGAAAGCAUGGGGUGGGACCCAGAUUCUCGGAUAUAUGUGGAAAACCCCAAUAUGCAUUUAAUGUUCGGUGGGACCCGUUGUCAUAUGACAUGGUGUUUCUCCUUGCCCACACCGCCUACAGGGACGUGAUGGGGCCCUGGGGAUGGGACUCGGACAGUACUCCCACUUGGGUCGGGUCCACCGGGCCAUAACUGCGCGGCGGGACCACCAAACCGUCUUUGCGGCCCACUGAUUGCCCCAGCAAGAGCCCCCGGUUUGGGCCGCACCCUGGUCCGGAAGCACCUCGAAGCCCCACAGGGCCAACUGGGCUCCACCCGCCAAUCCGAGGAAGACGACCAUGGGGCCCACUGUUAGCGGGCACGCAUUAUCUAUUUCCCCUAAAUUAAAAUUAGUAGCAAAAUAAAAGCAUUAUAUAGGGGAAAUAAAUGGCAUUUAUUUAUUGGGGGGUCGAUUCGAGGGAAAAAAAUAAUGAAGUCGACUGCGGUCCGCGGUCAGUCAAUGCAGGUGGCACGUGCGGCUGCGACUGCCCAAUAUAUUUAAAAUAAAUAAAUAAAUAAAUAAUAUUAAGUUACCCCCCCGCAGAGCAUAAGUUUAUCUUCAAUUAUUUCGGGCUCCGCUAGAGGGAGAGAGGGAGAGAGAGAGAGAGAGAGAGAGAGAGAGAGAGAGAGAGAGAGAGAGGCGGGAGAGGCGGGGGGGUCGUCGUCUAAGGAUGAUGUCCGGCCACUAAAAGUCAAAACCGACCUUUUCCUGGGGGAGGAAGUGGGGCCCACAAUACGGAAAAUUAUAUCAGUUAAUAUAUUAAUUAAUGGAUUAAUUCGUGGGUUAAUUAAUGGAGUAACCCCGGGGAUCACGGGAGGGAGGAGGGGGGGCGUAGGGAGCGGAAAUAUCUAACUCGCUUUUCUCUCGCGGGGUCGUCGUCUGUCUAUAAAAGGCGGAGGAGCGGGGACGGAGCAUCCCGGCUGCCGUUCUGGAAGGAGGAGAAGCGACGAAGGAAGGCGGAGCGAGGAAGAGGACGAGGAGGCGGCGCCGCCAGCAACGGCCGGAAUUGGGGGAUUCGGAUCGGAGGUAAGGGCUUCUGGCUGAGUUAUUUCGGUAGAUCGGUGGGGUGGGGGGGGGGAGGGGGGAGGGAGGGGCGGAGGAGCGGAUCUGGACUGGCGAGGAGAAGCUUAGCUUUAGCUUACCCUAUCUUCUGUGGACGUUGA